AUGAAGACGUCAACCAUUGUUUCGAUAUCGGUUGGCACUGCCGUUGCUGGGCUGGCCGCAUACGCCGUCUACUUUGAUUACAGGCGGAGAAAUGAUCCCGAGUUCCGAAGAGCUUUGAAGAAAGAAUCCCGGAGGCAGGCCCGCAUGCAAAAAGAGGCGGCAGAGGUGCAGGGCAAGCAACAAAAAGAGGAGAUCAAAGCCGCCGUCAGAGAAGCUAUCGAAGAAGGCUUCCCAACUGACCUCGAGGAGAGAGAAGCCUUCUUCAUGCAGCAGAUUGCUCAGGGAGAACAGCUGGCUUCCGAAGCAGGCUCAGAUCCGGUUGGCGCUGCGCUGUGCUUCUACAAGGGCCUCAAGGUAUACCCCGAGCCGACAUCUCUAAUCAGCAUUUACGACAACACUGUUUCCAAGGACGUCCUCGAGAUCCUAGCCGUUAUGGUAUCGCAAGACAAGAACCUGAAGGUUGGCAACUUUGGCGCCGACAAGGAGGAUCUGUCCGACAGCCAUGUCGAAUAG